CCCCGUAUUAAACUCGAACGUCCCACCGAAAACCUGUUUCUUCGCUUACCUGUCUCUAGAGAUCGGGAGGGCUUUGCAUCAUGAACAUGAAUUACCAUCGCCCGGGAAGUCUGAGCUUUAGCAGCCGCUCCCAAGGCUCCCUGCCUAACCGGAGCUCUUUGUACCGCGCCAGUCCUGCGUCCUUUCAGUCGGGAUUUUUCCGAGGAUCUUCCAGUGCCUUCCCGGGCUCUCCUUUUUCUUCUUCGCCUUCUCUCCUUCUCUCCUCGCUGCCCACUUUGGAGAUCGACCCGAAGCUGCACCAGAUCCGCACGGAGGAGAAGGAGCAGAUCAAAGGGCUCAACAACCAGUUCGCCUCCUUCAUUGACAAGGUGCGUAAGCUGGAGCAGCAAAACAAAGUGUUGGAGACACAGCUGAAGCUGCUGAAGGGCAAAGACCAGUACAAGUCGAAUGUGGGGCGUAUCAUGGCAGCCCACAGCCAGCCUCUUAAGCAGCAAAUUGAUGCGCUGAAUCAGGACAAGAUGAAGCUGCAAAAUGAGUUGGACAACACACAAGCAUUUCUGGAGGAACUGAAGAGCAGGUAUGAAGAUGAAAUCAAUCGGCGUAAUCAACUGGAAAAUGAAUUUGUGGUAACCAAGAAGGACCUGGAUGAUAUCUACCUGCAGAAAGUGGAUAUUGAGUCCAAGGUAGAAGGCAUUUCCAAUGAAAUCAAAUACCUCAAGCAACUCUUUGAAGAGGAGAUCCGUGAGUUGCAGUCUCAGAUCCAAAAUUCAAUGGUCACUUUGGAGAUGGACAACAACCGGGAGCUGGAGAUGAAGCAUAUAAUUGAUGAGGUGAAGGAACAAUAUAAGACCAUGGCUGCGAAAAGUCGUGAGGAGGCUGAACAGUGGUAUAAAAACAAGUUUGAUGACAUGGCAAGACAGACCCAGAAGCACCAUGAGGAGCUGAAAGGCAUCAAGGGACAGAUUGCUGAACUGACUCGCUAUGCCCAACGAGUUAAUGGCGAAAUUGAAGCCUUGAAGAACCAGAGAUCCAAUCUGGAGAAUGCUGUGGCCUUGGCAGAAGAACAAGGGGAAGAGGCUGUUCAAAGUGCCAAGAGCACCAUUCAGGACCUGGAGGACGCACUGAGGAGGGCCAAGCAUGACAUGGCCAGCAAGGUGCGGGAAUACCAAGAGCUGAUGAACAUCAAGCUGGCUCUUGACAUCGAAAUUGCCACCUACAGGAAACUGCUGGAAGGAGAAGAGAAUCGAAUGACUGGCCAGGCUCCAAGUCUUCAACUGAGUGCCAUUGACAAACUAGCUGGGCACCUGAUGCAGAAGGAGAUGCUGCCUUCCCCCACCAGGGCCACUGGAACUGUCUUGGCCUCCAGCAGCUCACUGAAGAGGCCCUUGCUUAUCAAAACCAUUGAGACCAAGGAUGGGAAAGUCCUUUCUGAGGCCAGCCAUUUCACAGAGAAGUAAUUCUAGCAGAACUAGCCAGUCGAGCUUGAUUUCUUUGGAAUAAAUAUCUGUUUUAACA